AUGGAUGACUCUAUUCACAAAUUAUCCCAAAGCUUGAUCAGUGAUGACCUUAUUAUUCAUCCAAUGGGUACAACAAGCCUCCGCAACCAUAUCUUGAAUAAGCAUAGUCAGGAUUCAGCCGCUCAGCUUACCCGUGCAACCGCCAAUGUUAAAAGGACGUUGACGCGCGCAAAUCUAGCGUUUGGCCUGUUGGCCAGUCUCUGGGCAGGUUUUGAUGCUGUGCUGGCCCUGAACCUGAAUAUUUCGACAAGUGGCGGUAACGCCUCGAGUCCCAUUUUGUAUGGGCUUUUGUUUGAAGAUGUCUACCAUUCUGGAGACGGCGGUCUCUACGCAGAAAUGAUCCAAAACCGCGCUUUCCAGGGCACAACGAUUAAUCUAGAUAGCAACAGCCAUGUGAUCCCGCCCUUCCAAACCCUAGAAUACUGGCACACCAGAGGCUCAGAUACCCUAAAUUUAGAUAGUGAAGGCCCGGCGCUUUCCGAUGCUCUGCCGUCGCAUAUGCGCGUGGAUGUUGAUUCCGGUGCGUCAGGAGCCACGGGCUUCUGGAAUGAAGGAUUCUGGGGGAUGAACAUUACAACUGCCACGCGGUAUGCUGCCAACUUUUAUCUGCGCGGCAACUAUGACGGGGAGAUUUUGUGUGCGUUUUGGAGCAAUACGACAAACUCCAUGCUCGGAAAUACGACUUUUACGGUCUCGCAGACCGAGGACGAUGGGUGGAAGUUGUAUCAGCAAACUUUUACUCCGUUUGCCUCGGCGCCGGACGAGAAGAAUACAUUUCAUUUGACAUUUGACGGGGCCAGUGUUGCUGGCAACAGCCUCCGGUUCAAUAUGAUUAGUGUGUUUCAACAGACAUGGAAGGACGGAAAUAACGGUUUGCGAAUGGAUCUUGCCGAAUCCCUGGCUGCCAUUGGAGGCAAAUAUUUGCGCAUGCCUGGCGGGAACGACCUCGAGGGGCAGUCAGCACCAUACAGGUUGAAGUGGAACGAGACUAUAGGUGCGAUUAUUGAUCGUCCUGGGUUUCCCGGCACGUGGGGCUAUUACAAUACGAAUGGACUUGGUCUAUUGGAAAUGAUGCAGUGGUGCGUCGAUAUGGGACUGGAGACAAUAUUAGGCGUGUGGGAUGGGUACUAUCUCGACCACGAGGUGGUUGCAGAAGCUGAUCUGCAGCCUUAUAUCGAUGAUGUUUUGAACGAGUUGGAAUUUUUGUUGGGCCCAGCAAAUUCAACUUACGGAUCUCUGCGGUCUUCCUUGGGCUAUCCCGAUCCGUUUACCAUCAAGUAUGUCGAGAUUGGGAACGAAGACUUUUUCGACACUACAAACUCCUACAUCGAUUACCGCUUCUGGGACUUCUACAAUGCCAUAAAAGCGGCCUACCCAGAUAUGAUCAUGAUUUCCUCCGUCUGGUCCGGCUACUUCGCCGACCCUGUUCUCCCGAACGGCACGGUCCAGGAUAUACAUGACUAUCUUUCCGCCUCAGAUAUGGUUUCUAAAUUCAACGCGUACGACAAUUCAGAUCGCAACUACCCUGUUCUCGUGGGCGAGUAUGCCGCUAUAUACGAUGACCAGCACACGAAUCCGAAUCAGCUUGACAAUCCCACCCUCCAAUCGGCGACUUCAGAGGCUAUUUAUCUCCUGGGGCUGGAACGGAACUCGGAUGUCGUUGUGGGAUGUUCCCACGGCGCGCUGAUUAAGAGUUUGCAUGACGAACCGGAUAAUGUGGCCAUGAUAAAACAUUCUCCUACAGAACUUGUGUUUUCUAUCAGCUACUACGUCGCAAAGCUCUUGUCAUCGCAUACGGGUUCGGAAACGGUGCCCGUGACCUCGGACACGGCGUAUGGGCCGUUGUACUGGUCAGUCACGAAGAAUGACUCCGAGACGUAUUUUGUCAAGAUUGUGAACUACGAUGGUGCAGCAUCAACCCCCGUGACGGUGACAAUUCCUGGGAAGAAGAAUGACGCGACGUUGAUUACUGUAACUGCACCGGGCACGUAUAGCACAAAUACACUAGGGAACACGACGAGUGUGUGGACAGAGACUACGGUUCCGUAUAGUGAAAUAGGUUAUACCUUUUCACUAUCUGGCAAUUAUGUCAGUUCUGUAUUAGUUGUGUGA